AUCACCAUCACCACCACCUUCAUCUCCACAUCCUUUUAACCAUUAAUUAAACCAUUAACCACCUCCUCCAUCACCACCACCACAGCCCAUUUGACAACUCCUCCAUCUAACUUGGACGAACUAUACAAUAGCACAACUUAAGAAAUCCAUAAUGGGUCUUAGAAAAUCAUACAACAAACAAACACAAGCAUUGGGCAUCAAGAGAAGUACAAAUAAAUAUUUAAAUAUAAGAGAUGACAAUGGCUCCUUAACCGACGUCCCCAAAGGACACUUUGCAGUGUACAUUGGUGAAACAAGAAGCAGAUAUGUUAUUCCCAUAUCAUGGCUACACCACACGAAAUUCCAAACCUUGCUACGACGAGCCGAGGAAGAGUUUGGGUUCAAUCAUGAUAUGGGGUUAACCAUUCCUUGUCAUGAACAGGAUUUCUUGUCUCUCUUAUCCGUCAUGGGAUGAAAGUGCAUUUGUACCAUCCAACCGAACCAGACAGCCAACAUAAGCUUUCAUUCGUUGAAUCACUCAUCGCCAUAUGAAGUUUUUGAACAAAUCAUUGUUAUUUCUCACCAUUUUUUUUUAUUUUUCUCUUGUGGUGGUAUUAGCCCCCUUGGAAAAAUAUUGUCAACUGAAAAUUUCAAUGUUUUCUCAUAUGUAUGGCUUAUUAUAUAAAUGAAAGCUUUUUUUGGAUCGGA